AUGGUGGUCAUUUUCAUGCUAAUUUCAUCCACUCAAUGCCAAAAAUCCUAUUCGAUUGCUUCCAUUGUUUCGAAUAUGACAUUAACCACCAACAAUGAUGGAUGUACAUCCAUGAAAAUUGUUGAAGAUCUUGAAUAUUUGUUUAAUGGAAGUUUCUCAAGAGUUGGAAGAGCAUUUCCAUACAAUGUGCUUUCCAAAAUUGAUUCCUCAUCAUGGAAAAUUGAAGUUUUGAAUUCUGGCUAUUCGAUUUCGUCUCAAUUAGAAUUAGGAAGCAUCUCUUCCUUUAUUGUUUCUACUUUGAGUCCUGCAACACCUUCGAAUAGCAUUACCAAAUUAUCUAUUCGAAUGUCAUUUUCUGCAUUCCCAAAACUUGAAGUGAUUAAUUCCAAUUCCCAAUUGAGAUAUCACUACAAAGACAAUGCUCCAAUCUCUUUCAUUUCGACAACCAUUCUAUUCGAUUCUUCAUUUAAUUCCUAUCCUUUGAAUUCUUCAAAUGGUCAACUCUAUAUUCAAAAUAAUUCCAUGCCAAUUGUAACAUUUAACAUGAGCAACUUGUCUCCCAAUACUGAAUUUCAACCAAUGGUUUCUAUCAACAGUUUCGUCUCAAAAGAUUGUGAUUCUUCUCAUAAUACUAAUGAGAAUCAAUAUGACAAGAUGGACUCAUCAUUUACAUAUGGAAUGGUUGGUGGUAUAGUGGGUUUUUUUGUUUUGUUAAUUGUUGUAACGGCGGCAAGUUUAGUUUGCGUCCAUUUUUGCAUGAAAAAACAAUUCUUUAAGGAGAAGAAAAAACCAAAAGAUAGAGAAAAUCCAGAUGAGGUACCUGUUUCGUCUAAUAAGGAAGAAACACAAAGAAACAAACCUAUCUCAGAGUCUAAACCAAAAGUCAAAUACGAAAAUCCAACAAGCUAUAUUUCCAGCUAUGAAGAGCCAACCAGUACAAAUUAUUAUUCCAGUGAUAUUGACUAUAGUGGUGGAGGUGGUGGAUGGGAUUCGAAUACUGGAGGUGGGUGUGAUUAUGGUGGAGGUGGUGGUGGUGGAUGUGACUAUGGUGGCGGAGGCGGUGGAUGUGAUUAUGGAGGUAGUUCUGGAUUUGCUGAUUAA